ACGUAAAGACGUGACGUCCUGUAGACUCUGUGGGCAGGAAAACUGCGCGCGUGUGCGAUAGAGACAAGAGAGAUAGGCGCAUGCAUUGAUCGCUCCCGGAGCACAGACACGGCGCAAGGUCCAACACGAUGCGUUUCUAAUGCUGGGGCACGGCCAGAAUCAAGCCCAUUCUCACCCCAGAACACACAUCGUGCAGCAGCAACCUCGCCCUGAGCCAGAGAUCGGGCUGGGUUCGGGCGGCGAGCGGAAGGACGGCGGACUGAAACAGCAGGGCGUCUCAAAGCGGGUGCACGCGCCUUUUAGAGAAAGAGAGAGAAAGAGAGAGAGAGAGAGGGAGUGACUGCCUGCCUGUGCAUUAGCAGCCAUGAGAGAAUACAAAGUGGUCGUGUUGGGAUCCGGCGGCGUGGGAAAAUCGGCUUUGACUGUGCAGUUCGUCACCGGGUCCUUCAUCGAGAAGUACGAUCCGACGAUAGAAGAUUUCUACCGCAAAGAGAUCGAGGUGGACUCGUCGCCCUCGGUGCUGGAGAUCCUGGACACGGCGGGGACCGAGCAGUUCGCCUCCAUGCGCGAUCUGUACAUCAAAAACGGCCAGGGCUUUAUACUCGUUUACAGUCUGGUCAACCAACAGAGCUUCCAGGACAUCAAACCCAUGCGGGAUCAAAUCAUCCGCGUGAAACGGUACGAGAGAGUGCCCAUGAUCUUGGUGGGGAAUAAGGUGGAUCUGGAAGGAGAGAGGGAAGUCUCUUCCGGGGAAGGCAAAGCUCUGGCGGACGAGUGGAACUGCCCGUUUAUGGAAACUUCAGCCAAAAAUAAAGGCUCGGUGGACGAACUGUUUGCAGAAAUUGUCCGACAAAUGAACUAUGCCUCGGCGCCAAAUGGAGACGAUCAGUGCUGUUCGUCUUGUGUUAUUCUUUAAACAGAAAAGCAUUUAUGUGUCCCCUUUCCUGUUUGCCAUGAGGAAUUCUGUACUGUUGAGCUACGUGUCUCCCCCCUGGCCUUGGCUUUUUUGGAGUAGGAGUUCCUCAAGGGGAGGAGGAGACCCCCUGGAAUAGUGGAUCACUCUUCAGGAAUUCCGCUAGGGUUGGAGUAUGCACAGCAUUGAUGUCAACACAAGUUGCUGAUCGACGCCCGUUUCGGAUUGCACUCAUAACUGGAACUUAAACCCCAAGACGUGGAAAACUGAGACACGGGAGGAAAAUCUGUAUAAUUUUUCUUGCUGUACGUGAGUUUGACUAAAGGAGCGCGCGGACCUGGCAACCCUCGUCGUGAAUCAAAUUAUCGCGUCAUUUUUUUCUGUUAUUUUGCCGGCGGAUGACGUCACAACUGAAAAAAAAACACUUUCACGUGCCACUUUCCCCCCUUCUCCUCCUCCAGCGUGCGCUAAGACUUUACUGUUGUGACGUGAGGACGUCGGAGCUUACGUCAUCGCGUCGAGUGCCUUCCUAAAAGCUGUUCAAGAGUUUAGUGCCAAGCUGCAAUGGUCUGCAAGGAAUCUCUGUUCAUGGCAAUCCACAAAGUACUUAACUGUUACACUUGCUGAUUGUUUUGGGGGUUAACAAUGUUUUAAAGGCCUAUUGUCAAUGGAAUGGCAGUUAUCACAAUUCACAGAGUUUUUUUGGCCUUUAAGUAAAACAUUUUUGGCUCUUUUCUUGAAACUGGUCUAGAUUUGGCCAAAUAUAGUGUGAAACGCAGGUACUGACGCCCCCAGACUCAAAGCCACAAUCCACUGUCUCUCUAGACCAGUUAAAUCAGAUUUUUGUUAUUUUGUUUUUAACAAAUGUGAUGUACCAUUGAAAUUCUAAUCCGAUUGUACGUUUAAUUUCAGACUAGCAUUUUAACAGCUGUCUGAUUGUUUUAAAGAGACUUUUAAUACAAAUUGCAUUUUUAAAAAAUCA